AGCUGCUGUGACGACCGUUAGACCAGAGGCUACGCUGACGACCUUGACAUACAUCUACCACAUUAACAGGUGUUUGACGUGACCGGACGAUGUGAUCACAUGUCAGUCUGUAUAUAAAGGUGUUCUCCCAGCCUCAGCAUCACUCACCACACGUCGAGACAGAAGCACGAGCGCUAACAUACAGGAUGAAGAUUGCCAUGCUUGUCCUCCUCCUUGUCAUCGACAUCGCCUUUGCCUCUGUGCCUCCUCCAAUGAGUUGCCGAGACGAGCUUGCCGCCAUAGAAGCCGAGGUAGCGCUGAUUGCAGCGAAACAUAAUGGCAUGCCUCCUGUUGGUACUGUGAAACCCCGGUGUCUGGAGGACGGGACCUACGCCCCACGUCAGUGUCGCGGAUCUGUCUGUCGCUGUGUGUCCGCUCAGGGCACCAGGAUCACAGAGGACUUCUCUAUCGGCCUGGCAUACCAAUCAGACUGCUCAUGUGCACGCGAUGAGCAUGACUAUUCUCUCCUACAAAUAAUGGGCAAGAUGUUCUUUUGUACUCCGAUCGGAAGCUACCACCCAAUCCAGUGUACCGGAAGUGUGUGCUACUGUGUUGAUAAGAAGGGUCAACAAAUAGGACAGGAAACUGCCCACAUCGGUUCUCAAGAUUCGCUCAAAUGUUAACUUGCUUAAGACUUUAAAUAAAGAUGUCUGAUUCGGAA